AUGCCAAGUAUUAUCAGCAAGCGCCAGCAGCUGCGCAAUGAGAGAACCCUUGCCGAGCUGGUCCGGACCGUCCCCGGCAAUGACCGCUGCGCCGACUGCGAUGCUCUCAACACAGGAUGGGCCAGCUGGAAUAUGGGCAUCUUCCUGUGUAUGCGAUGCGCGGCAAUCCACCGCAAACUGGGCACACAUAUCUCCAAGGUCAAAUCCUUAUCGAUGGACACCUGGACUGACGAGCAGGUGGAUAGCAUGAAAUCGCACGGCAACCUGCUCAUGAACAAAAUCUUCAAUCCCAAGAAUAUCAAACCCCCGGUGCCCACAGAUAUUGACGAGGCGGAUUCCUGCAUGGAGCGUUUUAUUCGCCAGAAAUACCAGUACCGAUCAUUGGAAGAUGGAAAGCCGAAGCCCCCGAGUCGCGAGGAAGCUAGUUACGGCCGGAAGAAUGACGGACGCGAGGAACGCCGAGAACGGCAAAAGAGCUACGAUGACUAUGGACGAAGCGAUCGUUCACCGGAGGGCUCGCCGCCUCCGCUGCCUCCAAAGUCCGGCAAAUGGUUUGGACUACGAACCGCUUCGUCAACCUCGAACCUGAGCCGAUUCGGCAGUAAAUCCAAGGCGUCACUCUCUCCGAAUAUGGAUCAGGAUUCGUGGUCACGCUCUGCCCGGCAGACGACCGGUCUCGGUGCACCUGUCGCCGAUCUGACCACGGCUUCCUUCGAGGCUAAGAUGGCUGCUCUUCGCGAUAUGGGGUUUGACAACGAUCGACGGAACGAGAUGGUCCUGCGCGGCCUGAAUGAGAAUUUUGAAAAAUCCGUUGAGACAUUGGUGCGCCUAGGGGAACGUAGCAACCCGGCGUCAAGAUCUCGAACACCCGUGUCGGCAGAGAAACCCACAACCACCGUGAGCGCGACUGUGGCGCCGCGAGCGCCCUCUCCGAACCCAUUCGAUAUGCCCGCGGCGAGAGCAGGUAAUCCUCCGUCACAACAGCCAACACAAAACCCGUCAUAUAAUCCAUUUGAUCGACCGCCUGCGCAGCCAGCGACGCAGCCGCCGCAAUCUUUGGAGGCAUCCUUCCAGACUCUUCAAGUUUCACAGCCUCUGUUCCCUCAUUCAACAGGAGGAUUUCCUGCGCAGACAGGCUUGAUGCCCCAAGCCACUUACCAACAGCCCCUCACUCCGCCUGCAACGUCCACUUUCUCCCAAAAUGGCUUCGCUUCAUCACCUCAGGCCUUGGGCAACAACUUCAAUCCUUUCUUCCAAACAGGGAGUCAGCCGCAAGGUGGGUCGAGUGUGCAAUCAUUCUCCCAUCAGGCUUCAAAUGCGCAACCGAGCAAUCCAUUCUUCAACGCCACGUCACAGCAGCAGUCACCGCAGCAAAAUCCGUAUGGACAACCGCCAUCCCAGCACAAUGGUCAACCGAUGCCGUCUAUCAACAUCCCGCAACAGCCCCGACAUGCGAACACCAUGCCUGCAAUCUCUUCCACUUCACCUUUCGGCACAUCUCCAUUCAUCCAGACACCGGCUUUCCAGACUCAAUUACAGCAACCACAAUCUCAGCAAAUGAUGCAGCAAACAAUGCCUGCUGCGCAAGCCAACUACAAUCCAUUCCAGCAAUCCAUGGGCGCGCAAGGAGCGCCUCAGCAAAAUCAGUUCCAGCAGCAGCAGCUCAUGCCUCAACAGACCUCAGCUAUGAACAAGAACAACAUUCUCUCACUGUACAACACCAACCCCAUGGCCUCCGCUUCCGACCAAUCUCGGUAUCAAUUUCAACCGACGAACGCCGGAACCAGCCCCGUCCCUCCCCUUUCCCAUUCCCUCUCUUCCACACCAAUCUCACUCUCGGGCUCAUCUAUGCAAACCCCACCCGCCGGUGUCAGCACGGCCUCCCGCAAUCCGUUUGGUGCCGCAAACGUUGGGUCCGGACUCGCAGCUCAGGCCGGCGUCUCUGCAUUUGCACCCUCUUCCGGCCUGGGGAUUGGAAUGGAAUCCAACAAUGGGAUGGGGAUGUCUUCCGCGCCUGGAAACGGCAUGAAAGUAUCGCCUUUCUCAGGCCCUCCGCCCGCUUCGAACGGCUUUCAGAGAACCCACAUGAGUCAGCCCAGUGUGGACGUCAAUGGGUUCCAGAGUGGACGGCAUAGUCCGGAUGCCUUUGCCAGUCUGAGCGCACGUUACGGUUGA